GUUGUCCCAGCCCUAGUUUCAAACGGUUUAAAAAAAAAGAAAUAUCACUUUGUUUCUUGAAAAAAGAUGUCGUUCUUCGGGGUUUAUAUUCCGAAGACGGAAUCCGAGACAAAACAAGACUCCCUCCAACCCGACUCGACACAGACAGUGUCCGCGGAUGAUGGCAAAGCCACGUACGAAUGGCUGAUCUUCACCGAGAAGGCCAAGGCGCUGGACGUACUGCGUACACAGAAAGAGGCGCGACUGCGCGAAUUCCCCAACCGCGAACAGGCCGAAAGCUACGUCCAGUUUGGAUUCGAGAGCGUCGAGGCCAUUGCCAACGACCGCCAGCAGCAGGAGGAGCAGAAACAACAACAGGAGCAGCCUGCGGUUAGCGGGGAGCGCGCUCCCUUCCCCGGACCCACCAAACAAGAGCUGCAGGAGUUCCGCAAGCAGAUCGAGGCUGGAAAGUUGGAGCGCGUAAAGGAGAUCAUUUGGGAGAACCCCCGCUACCUGAUUAGCAACGGCGACACACCCACGAGUCUGAAGGAGGGCCCUCGCUACAAUGCCAUUCACAUCUGCGCCCAAACAAACCAGGCCAAGAUUGCAGAGCUGCUGCUAAAGACCCUCGGGGAUCCAGAAUUCGCCCAGCUGUACGCGGGCAAGGAGGGAAGCCCCAAAAUGUGUGCCGCCCUCAACUCGAAUCUUCUAGACUUCUACCUCAAUAUGCCGGACAAGGCCCGCGGCGAGACGCCGCUGCAUUUCGCUGUAAAGAGUGGCCAUGUAGAGGUAGUCGAGGUGCUCAUCGGCUAUCCACAGUGCAAGUCGUUGCCAAAUCGUGACGGCAAGGAACCCAGGGACAUCAUCUGUCAGCGCAAUGCCAAUGCCUCGCCGGAGACCAUCAAGAAGCUGGAACUUCUCAUGGGCGAUCCACAUUACGUGCCCGUGCUGCGCUCCGCAACCAAUGAACUGCCACCGCAAGUGGGUCGUCCCUUCUCGCCCAACGAGCCACCGAAUCUGCAGCAUAAGAGGGACGAGUGCGAGGGCCUCAGCGUUGACUUGUCGAUCAGUGCUCUCGCCGGGCCAAUGUCCCGCGACAAGGCCAUGAAGUUCUAUCGUCGCUGGAAGACACCGCCACGCGUGGGCACCAACGCAAUGUCCCCGCUGGCCAGCCUGCCGUUCAGCUCGCCGGUAAAGGUGACGCCCAGCAAGUCGGGUUCGAUUCAAAUGUCUCGCAAGAUGCUCUUUAGCCCCGCCUUACACAUGCCCAAUGGCAACGAUUACGAGAGCAACAACAACAUAAACAACGCAAAGCUAGUCCAUUCACUGGAACUGCCAUCCACACCGGUGCGUCAAGCGAAACCAGAACUAUACUUGGCCUAUCGAGACACCGCAUCGAUGUCCAUAACGGAAGAGAUGUCGAUGCUGGACAUGAGCAUGAACCGCAGCCUGAAUGUGUCGGUGUGCACACUGAACGACAGCUUUCGGGAGCGCCACAUCAAGAACUCGGACAUCGGAAAGGGUCUGGAGGUGGUGGGUCGCCAGCUGGCCCGCCAGGAGCAACUGGAAUGGCGUGAAUACUGGGACUUUCUCGACUCCUUUGUGGACAUCUGCUCUGCAGAGGGCCUGGCUCGCCUAGAGGCCUAUCUGCUGGCGAAAGUGGAGGAGUCGAUGAAGACUACCGAGGCCUGGAACUUUUCCCAGCUGCAUCAGAGUCUAAGCACCGUUGUCCAAGCCGAGGAGCAAGUGAAGCAGUCACCGGAUGCGGGAUUGGGCUCAUCCAGGGUUGUUGUGUCUUCUGUUGUAUCGCCCAUAUCCACAACGGCCUGGCGUACCAAAGACAAUGAUGAUGAAGACAGCAAUGAGGAGGACUUCUUUUUCGAUGCGAAAACUGGAAGCAGCAGCGACGAUGAAGAUCAUUUCCGCACACCGCCCGGUAUCCAACCCUACGAGCUCUUUAUCAAUGGCAAAGAGCCAACGAAGCGUGAUUUGGAUGUACUCAAUGCCAUAUUCAAUGUGGAUAUCGAUAAGAAAACGCUGCCGCGUGUCUAUGCAUGGAAGGAGGCCAUGGAGAGUUUCUCCACAAACGAAAUGGAUCUCUUUCCAUCACCCAGAACCGACCAGAAGAAACCGAAGCCAGAAUUCUGGCACUCGGGCACACCCAAGCAGGGAUUGGAUGAUAAUUCAAGUGCGGCCCACACAUCCAUGCAGCCCAAACGACUCUUUGGCACUCCAAAACUUAAUGCUGUGGCCGGAAGAGUGGCAUCAUCUGACUGUGCCACCUCCAGCACCAAUCCUAGCAUUCCGUCAGCAUUGAACAAGAAUUUACUGUCGAUUCCAGCUAAAAACGUAACAAAGUCAUUCCACACGCCGGUGAACAAGAUGCCGGGUCUGUUCAGCAAGUAUCGUGAGACUCAUAGCGACAUAGACUCUCCCCUGGCCAGUAUCAGCAAGGAUGUUCAAGCGCCUGGAGUAACCCUCACGGAUAGCGACUAAUACUCCAUAUUCACUUAUUUAUAUUUAUGUUAAGUUCCUUCUUAAUACCUUGAAUACUAAUACCUGCAAUGAUUGCUAGGGAACGCAUCUCCUGUGGAGGACUCCUCCCCGCCAUUCGUUCAUUUUUAAAAGCAUGUAUAAUCUCACAUCAUUUUUUGUUUUCACUUCGAAAUUGCUCUUUAAAAGGUGCCCUAAUAUUUGGUUGAAUAUUUAAAAAUACUUACAAACUGAAUAAAAAUGAACACCACAUGAA